CGCUGCUGAUGUCACAGCGCCAGUCGGUCCGGAGCUGAGGAGCUGAAGAGGAGGAUGAUGAGGAUGAUGGCGGCCGUCAAGUCGAUUUUCUAACAGUCAAUUCUGAUCAGGAAGCAUUCGUGUUUACCCCUCGCGAGGCCAGGUGAACAUGGAGGGGCGCGUGUGUCCGGACCAGGAGCAGCUGAUCGGGUUUCUGAAGAGGCUGAAGGAGGUUUUCGACGUGUGUGACGAGGAUGCUGACGGCUUCAUCCGGGUGGAGCACCUGGUGGACCUCGGGCUCCAGUUCGGUCAAGGAGACGAGGAGGUGAAGAAGUUGACUCGGUACCUGGAUCCUAACGCUCACGGGAGGAUUAACUUCAAAGACUUCUGCCACGGCGUGUUUGCCAUCAAAGGUUGUGAGGAGAUCCUGAAGAUGGCCGUGGGUCCACGUGGUGUUCAGCUGUCCAACCAGCCGUCGGUUACCGACAACGGUUACAUUUACCAGAACGGUCAGGCCAAGCUGGCCCCACCCAUCAUCAUGUGUACGCGGUCCUACCCAGAAUGCAGUGGGUUCGGAGAGGGUUGUGGGGCUGAAGGCGAGGUCGACAUGGACAGCAGCGCCGAGAACGCCAACAGCUCCGACUCUCUGGACCCGACACGGCGAGACAGCCGCCUGCGGGGCUCUGCGUCUGCGUCCGUCAUCUCUGGAGAGGAACAGUUCGAGGACUACGGCGAGGGCGAGGACGUGGACUUCACUCCCAGCAGCCCCUGCCCCGAAGAAGACUCCAGAACAAAUGGCUUCUCGGACCUCGGCUCCUCCCUCCCCUCCAGUGCGGGUCAGACUCCUCAGAAGAUGCGUCAGCUGUACGGCAGCGAGCUGUUAGACGUUUACUGCUCUCAGUGCUGCAAGAAGGUCAACCUGCUGAAUGACCUUGAGGCUCGACUACGAAACCUGAAGGCCAACAGCCCGAACAGAAAGAUCACCAGCACGGCAUUCGGACGUCAGCUGUUUCACGCCAACCACAGUGUGUUCGGCUCGAGUCAGGGCAGCAGCACCGAGGAUCUGUUCACCGACAGCAUCGACUCCUGUGACCUCGACAUCACUGAAAAAGUGAGUUAUCUGGAGAAGAAGGUGACGGAGUUGGAAGGAGACAGUUUGGCGAACAACGACCUGAAGUCUAAACUCAAACAGGAGAACACACAUCUGGUUCACAGGGUGCACGAGCUGGAGGAGCAGGUGAAGGACGCGGAGGCGAGGGCGGAUCAGACUCUGGAGGAGGAGACGAAGAGACACCGCGAGGCGUUCAGCAAGAUGGAGCGAGACCGAAACACGGAGAUCGACCUGCUCUGCAACAGGGUCCAGCUGUUAGAGGAAGAAAACGACGAGAUGAAGUUAAAUGUGUGUAGAUUAAAGUCUCAGACUGAGAAAAUGGAUCAGGAGAAGCAGAGGAUGACGGAUAAGCUGGAGGACACGAGUCUGAGGCUGAAAGACGAGAUGGAUCUCUACAGGAAGAUCAUGGACAAACUGUGGCAGAACCGCCAUGAGUUCCAGAAGGAGAAAGAGGCCAUGCAGGAGCUGAUCGACGACCUGCGGCGAGAGCUGGAGUAUCUGCAGUGUUUCAAACUGGAGAUGGAGCAUCCGGGGAAAGGGAAGAGUCUGUCUGAGCUCAACGCUCGCACCAGAGAGAUGGAAAUGGAGAAUGAAGUCAAGAGACUGAAACAGGAGAACUACAAACUGCGAGAUCAGAACGACGACCUGAACGCUCAGAUUCUCACUCUGAGUUUGUACGAGGCCAAAAACCUGUUCUCCUGUCAGAGCAAGGCGCAGUGCCUCGCUGCCGAGAUAGACAACGCGUCCCGAGACGAGCUCGUGGACGCUCUGAAGGAGCAGGAGGAGAUCAACCUGCGUUUGAGGCAGUACAUGGACAAAAUCAUCCUCGCCAUCCUCGACCACAACCCGUCCAUCCUGGAGAUCAAGAGCUAAACGACACACACGCAGAAACACGCACAGACUCACACACACACCCGUGUAAUACACCCGACUAUUAGCUCGAACAUUUAAGUUAUAAUCCAUAAGAUUCCCGUCCUGACAGCUCUCGGAAGUGAUACUACGGCAGGUUACAGAAAAAAACUACAAAUCCCAGAAUUCAGUGGGCAGGAAGUUACAGGAAGUGCAACAGAAGAGCAGCUUGAAUGAAUUAUACGGAUUAUAACUUUAAACUGGAGCCUUAACAAUGAAUGUUCUCACUGCUUGUGACUCAAACUGUCGCUCUCACACACACACACACACACACACACACACACACACACACACACACACACACACACACACACACACACGAGCAGAUGAUCUUAGAUCACUUAUCAGUCUCUGUAGACGCACUCUGCCAUGCUUAGUUUAUCCGCCCGUCUUUAAGUAGUUUGAGUUUAAUAUUUCAUCUUUAAAGAAAUGAAACAAGAUUAGUAAACGUGAGUCUGACACGCUCUCUCACGCUCAAUGUUUUAGUGUCCAACCCUUUAAACCCGUCCAGGUGAAUUCUCCUGAUUAUAUCCUGCUGCGUUCUCAACUCUGACUUUCUGCAGAAUAAAUACGAGGAGGCUGGAGGUGUUUACACAUGCGGCUCCUUACAGUAAAUAUCAGGAGGUUUGUUCAGGUGUGAAGGUGCUACAUGUCUGUGAGGGAGAAUCCAGUGCUGUGAAACGAACCUUCAACCAGGACGGGUUUCAUGAUGAAGGUUUGUAAACGUGCCAAAAGUCAACAUAAUGUGCCAAAUCUGAAAGAAGCUCGAGUGAUUUCUACACGCAGGAAGAGUUUCCUCGUUUGACUCUUAUAAAAGUGAGAAAUGAAACUUAAAAAAAACCUGAUUGGAUGAAAAGGUCAAACAAUCUGCCAACACGAGCACCGUCAGCUCAAAUUGUUUGCAAGUUUCAAACUCAGUAGGAAACAAAUAAUUUAGAUCUGCUCGUCUGCCACUCAGAGUGCUGUGAAGCUUUGUUUUUUAAGAGGUUGCGUCCCCUGUUUAUAUUGUAUUACAUGUAAAAAAAUAUAUAUAUGAAUUUGUAAACGCGACGCUGACACACUCUCACAUGCUCAAUGUUUUAGUGUCCGACCCGAUGAUAAAGGUGUUGGUAAUGUGGCGUUAAACUUUAGAAAAAAAACACAAAGCAGAGUGUGAACAGCAGCAUAAAGAGAUGAAGUAAAAAGCAAUAAAACAAUCAGAUUUACUGAAGUUGUUUUACCGGAUUGGCUGCUGUUUUGCACAUUACUAGAUUUCACAGAUUAAUUAAUUAUUUCUAGAAACUAAGAUAAUAAUAUGAAACAAUCUCUUCAUUAUCUGAUGCCUUCAUGGUCUUCAUGAAUGUGGGAGAAAAACGUUACUCUUCCUGUUUUGUAAAUGAUCCUCACUCUGAAUGAUUUAACUUUUCUCCACUCAGUGCGGCGUUUAUAAACCAGCCGACCACCAACCAGCUGACACUUGGGCGUGUCACUGAGAGACGAGCACGUGGCGUUAGUAAAGUUUUCCUUCAUUGCACAAAACGUUCACUAAGUGAGGAAUUGAUUAGCUCGUUUUUUUUUGUCACUUAUUCUUCAUGAGGUCUGUGAUUUUUUUUUUUUCUUUGACAUGUUGGCAUCACGGCCGUGUUUGUGGUUUCAAACGUUGUAAAUGUUGUACAGAAUCGCUUCACUCAUCACUUAUUUAAAGGACUCUCUGAGAGUUUGGACACAAAAUAAGACAUGUUGUAGAUUAUAAUCCGCACUUUAAGGUGUUUUAGCCGAAGUAUUUAAUAAUAAUAAUAAUAAUUAUAAUAUCAAUCAUUAAAAAAUAUAUAUUUCAAUCUGUCACCUCUCACGUGUCUUCACUUGAUUUAUUUGACGUGUAUCGCACAUGAACAUCUGGACGACUCAAUGUGUAAAUAAAAUACUUUAGCUUUGGCACGAAAA